UGUUUUGUUAGGUCCAACAUCUGCCAUUGACCGCCUUCCGCAUACAAUAAAUAGCAAGCAAGUAAUGUCAUCACCGGCGCCAAAAUCUCCAGAACAAUCAGAUAAAAGCAGAAAAUAUGAUCGUCAAAUACGUUUAUGGGGAGAACAUGGGCAGAGCUUGUUGGAAAGUUCCACAAUUUGUUUGCUGAAUGCAACAGCACUGGGAUGUGAAGUUCUGAAAAGUCUUGUCCUGCCCGGCAUUGGUGGCUUCACUAUCGUAGAUGGAAACGUAGUCACCGAAGAUGAUUUGGGAAUAAAUUUCUUUUUGGACGCCUCAUUUCUGGGUCAAUCCAAAGCAAGAGCCUGCAUGCAAUUGCUUCAAGAAUUAAACACAGACGUUAAUGGUGAUUUUGUGGAUGAAAGUGUUGAUUGGAUACUAUCAAACCGACCGGCAUUUUUCGAUACAUUUGAUGUAGUCAUUGCAUCGAAUCUGAAUGAAAAAGCUUUGUGGGGAUUAUCGGACCGUCUCUGGGAGGCAAAUAUUCCAUUUAUCUAUUGCAGAUCAUUGGGCUUUUUUGGUUCUAUUCGCUUACAAAUAAAAGAACAUUGUGUAAUUGAAUCACAUCCCGAUAAUCGCCAGUACGAUCUCCGACUAGAACAACCAUUUCCCGCAUUACAAAAACAUUUCGAGAGCACAGAAAUUACUAGUAAGGUUCCAUGGCUGUUGGUGCUUAAUAAAUUCCUGCAAGUAUGGAAACAGAAGUACGGCGGACACUUUCCCGCGAAUUAUAAGCAAAAGUCGGAACUGAAAGAAAUGAUUCGCGCAGCAAUGACGGCGGAUGAGGAAAAUUAUGAAGAAGCCAUUAAAGCGGUAAAUACUGCUUUAGGUGGAGGUAAGGUGCCUUCUUCGAUCAAAUCGAUUUUCCAGGAUAAUGCUUGUACAAACCUUAACAAACAAAGUAGCGCCUUCUGGAUAAUAACCAAAGCUUUAAAAGAAUUUGUAGAGAAUGAUAAUAAUGGGUUGUUGCCACUUCCUGGUGUGCUUCCGGAUAUGACUGCUGACACUGAACCAUAUAUAACAUUGCAAAACAUUUAUCGUCAACAAGCUUUACAUGAUGCAGACAACGUUUAUCGCAAAUGUCAGAAAUACUUAAAAGAACUUGGUUUGCCUGAAGACACCAUUAGUGAAAAAACAGUACGCUUAUUUUGCAAAGAAGCAGCUAGUCUAGCAGUUUUACGUGGCACUAAAAUUACUGAUGAAAAUGCUAAAAGCAGUAACAUACUUUCAUUCGUUGAUGAUUUAGAGAUUCAAGGUACGCUUGCUGAACAUUAUGUAGCCCUACGUGCAUACGAGCGUUUUGUAUCGGAAUGUGGCAAUGCACCGGGUGAAUGUUACGUUGAAAACGAUGUGAAAGAGCUUAAAACGGUCGCAAGUAAAAUGCUAUCGGAUUGGGGGGUUCAUGCCUCCAUUAGUGAUGACUUGAUACAUGAAAUUUGUCGUUACGGUGGCUCGGAGAUACAUUCAAUAUCAGCGUUCAUAGGUGGUUGUGUAGCCCAAGAGGUCAUAAAGAUUGUAACCAAACAAUAUAAACCUAUCGACAAUACGUUUUUAUACAAUGCCAUUACUUCCGAAACAACAACAUUUAAACUUUAAAGGUUUGCAUUUUGUAUGCUAAUGCGAAAAAUCUAACAAAUAUAUACUAUCAAAUUCCAAUUAUA